CACAUCUCUCAUUUUGUUUCCCACACUUCGUCGUAAUAUCCAGAGCCACGCCGCCGUCUGCGUUUGCCGGACCCCCGCCGUGUCCAUCGUCGAAGGCCCGCCGUCUCCGAUCGCCGGGAAGGGAGUUUGUUAAUUGAAGCAGGAUAGGGGACUAUUGAUCUUAAAGUAGAUUUUAAUUUCGCUGCAGGACCAGUGCAGCUAGUGAUUAUGAUGGCAGGUGGAGAACAAGCGCCACUGUCGUUGGAGCUUACAUUGGGUGGACCAUGGGUUGGAGAGCCAUGGGUGUCUGCUGAUACAAGCGAAGAAUACCUAAAGAUGAGAAAGAUUUGUAUGAAUCUUAUGGGCUUUAAGGUUUACAGUCUGAAGGAUGAGGCGGACGAGACUGAAGCCAAGGUUUGCACACGAUUGGCACUGUGCAGUUCAUUUGAUCCGUGGAUCAUGAAGAAGCCGUUGGGGCACCAUGAUAUCAUACACAGGCUGUGCUUGCGGAAGCUAUGGAUGGACCGGGACGUGCUCCCUAACCUGAAUGAGCAAGCCAAGCAUGAAAUGGAUCAUGAUGACAGGACCAUAGUCCAAAUUUAUGAUGCGGACACACAAUCCAACCAUGAGGUGGAGUUGAGGAGUGAGGCGGCGGGUAUUUUUUUCAGAGCAUCGUGGAUUCAGAAUUUUGUAGAUAGAAGACAGUUGAAACAAGGGGACGCAAUCGGCAUAUAUUGGGAAACUGGGAAACACCGCUCUGUGUUCAGCGUAUUGAAGAGAGCACCAAGAACUAGGGAAGAAUUGCUUCGGGGUUAGAUGGUUGUCUGUGGAAAUGGAUGACAACUACAAUGACAGGCCAUGUACAAAUGAUCCAGAGCAGUAUUUUCGCAUUUUGUAUGCACUCUACGGUUUGCUACGUUAGUGCAUUUUGGAUGUGUCGAAUUGGUUUGGAUUAUAUACUCUUUUUCCCCAAGUUAAGAGUUGAGAUGGAUCCUCUUCUAAAAAGAGUUGAGAUGGAUAUAUGAUAUAAUUGAUAUUGUAAAUUUGUAAUGCGCAUUGCUUUGGAUUUGGUUUAAGAAUAUGAUUGUUGAAAGCACACGUGUACAUCUUUCGUCUUUGUUAUUAGGUUGUGAAACCUCCAUGUGUUAAAUCUGCAAG